UGCUCCUCGUCCGUUUGACAUUCUCAUUCUUCAGUCAAGUGAGUCUCUGUGCAGUGUGCAGUGCAAAAGGCAACUUCCGGGAGCACCUCGGGAUCCCGCUGGAUUCCAUCCUCUGUCCUCUGCGCGCCUGGCGGAACAUGAUGAUAUCCUCAGACUACAUCCUCCUUUUAUUUUAUUAUUCUGGUUCCUGCAAUUGGCAUCGAGAGACAUCCAAGGUGAAAAAGUAAAUUGUUCGCAGAACAGAACAGCACCAAGCAGGAGCACCUGUUGUUGGGCCGCAGGAGGGGAAGUCGAGCACCUGUUCCCGUCUCAUGAGCCAUCCUCGCCUUCUUCGUCAGCUACAGCGAUCGGCGUCACAACAGAGAAGGUCACGCGGUCACAUUCCGAACUCAAGGGAUCCUGGGACUCCGUCCCACCCCGCGCAGGGGCGCUCACGCAUACAGAAGCGCAGGUCAGCUCGUGUGCACACGGCUCAGCUGAGCGGACGGCGACAGUGUUGGUGUGCUGAGCUGCUGAGGAGGGGAUCGUCCGAGUACGACGAUAAGUGUGUGUGUCGAGGCUUAGGCGCCGUGAUCUAUAAAUUCACUCAAGUGAUUCAGUUGCCUCAGUCAGUCGGACUGGGAGUUUUCUGGAGUGCAAAUCGACUGCUUGUCGACAACAGAGGUGAUUAAGUGGCUUCACUCUGAAGCUCAGACUCUAAUUGAGGGACUUUAAAUCCAAGUUGAAUCCACACACACUGCAAGGAUAGGAGUUUGUGUGAGGCAACAGUUUCUGAACAACCGUAGCCAGUGAGGACACAGCGAAGAGACAGAGUUUCGCUCAUUGCAAAGAGAGUUUCGGGAAAGAAAAAAAAACACAUCAAAAGACUUUCCCUUUUUUCUUUUGUUACUUCUUUCUUUUCGCGAGCGAAGACGGAGACAACAACAAUUUCAGCUUCUGGGGGCUCUGACCAUUGUAUGGAGCGUGAAACCAAGGCGACAAAGCGAGGGGACGAGCCGGGCCUGACCAAGUUGCAGGAUCGGAGUGACGUUGGACCUGUGAGUCCCGUAUCGAGUGACCGCCAAGAUGGUGGCUACGUGCCAACGGUUGGCCGCUGGGGCUGCGAGUGGCCAAGUUGACUCGCCGAAGGGAGCCUUGGGUAUGGACUCCCGGUCACCACCAGGGUGGUGGGUUCACCCGCUGCCGCUGGAGUGACACCGGACGACCGUCAUGGACCGAGCCAAUGCUGCGGCGAUGAUGGGGCGGCCGCCGAACUGGCCCUCGUGUCCUCGACACGCUGGGCCGCGGCCGACUCCUAUCACCUGAUGGCGUUCGAUCAGCAGAACGGAGCGUGGCCCAUCGACCAUCCGCUCCCGCUGCCGGCGUGGUCGUCGCGCGAGAGACCGCGUCUCGUGGUGGACAAGGUGUGGCAGUAUGAAGAGCUGGCGGCCAUGACUGAGACCGUGCUACAGCGCAUGCUGGAGGAGACGUUCUACGACACUGUGCACAAUUUCCUGGACUUUCAUGGCACCUUCAGGGGCUCCGGCGGAGCAGAUUUGCGUCUGUUCUUUCAGCACUACACGCCACCCGUGAACAGGCGUCACCACAUGUGCGUGAGCCUGGCCAUGGAGAUCGUCACGAGGCUGGCCGAUGUGCUGCCGACCCUGGCCGAGCACCUGUUCAUCGUAUCCUGCGAGGAAGCCGUGGAGUCCGCGGAGCCCUACAUCGCCAACUGUCACAAGGGGCGCUCUCUCGAGGGAGCCUCGCAUUCGCUGGAGAAGGAGCACGCCCUGAUUGCCGUGCACAUCAGCGUGGCUGGCCGAGAAGGACUCAUGAUCCUGGACCCGGGCUAUCACGUGGCACGAGCGGUCACGGUGAUGAAGGACCUGUGCUACCCCCACACGGGAUGGUUUACGCAGUCUGACGAGCCGCACUGCCGGCGCGAAUACUGCUACAGCUACAGUCUGCACAGCACCAACUUCGUGGAGUGGUCCGAGCGCACGACCCGCGGGUCCACGGUCAACCACGAGCUGGCCCUGAUCUACGUCGAGCGACCCUACAAGACGGCAAUUGAUGUGACAGUGCGCAGGAAUCUGGUGUACAACUUCCGCUCACUGCUGGCGAGGAAUGCAAAAGGACGCGUCUGUGCCGGACUCUACUUCCCUGUCGUUCCCGGACCCGACGCCCAACUGACGCUGUUCUAUGAUGGCGUCAAUAAUGCCAGCGUGAAAGCCAAGGUCAAGUUCUCCACUUUCAACCGCCGCGAUUCGCUCAAACUCCCGGAAACCGUUGCCGGCCACGUAAGACAGCUGGCCAAGCAAUUGAGGAUGGAGUUUGACGAGUUGCUAGGACUUUUGAACGACCUGGCGGACGUUGCUGCUGACCAGAGCUUCGUGCACCAGAUCCUGGCCAUCAAUGAGUCCAUCACGGAGAUGUCAGCAGACAAUUAAUGCAGAGCAAAAGAAUUUUUCAGCAUACACAAUCAAUGUUUUGGCUUUCUUCUUGGACACUUUCGCAGAUCUACACGCAAUCCUGGUUCUUUUUCCCCAAGAAUACCACCAAACUCUAUCUGAAUCUAUCAGUGUUUUCCCGCUUCUGAAAUAAACAACCCCAAAAUGCUGAA